GUUUCCGAUCGAGAGCCCAACACGACACACCUCCUCUUCUCCCCCAAUUCAACCGGCGUCCUCUCAUCAGACCCCAUCGAUCGCCUCCGCCCCACGCCACGCACCUCCCCUCCGCGGAAACCCGCGCCCAGAAGCAAAACCCCGCCGCCCCGCCCCACCCCGGCGAGCCCCUCCGCCGCGGCGGCGGGGACAGGAGAGGCAGAGGGGGGCGCCGCGGGGAUGGGGAACAAGAUCGCGCGGACGACGCAGGCGUCGGCGACGGAGUACUACCUGCACGACCUGCCCUCCACCUACAACCUCGUGCUGCUCGACCUCGUCAGCCGCGGCCGCUUCCUCAAGUCCGUCCUCUGCAAGCACGACGAGGGCCUCCUCCUCGUCAAGGUCUACUUCAAGCGAGCCGGCGAGCCCCUCGACCUCAAGGACCAUGAGCGGAGGCUGGAGCGGAUCCGGAGGGCGUUCCAGGGCCUCGAGGGCUCCCACGUCUGGCCCUUCCAGGUUUGGUUUCAGACGGACAAGGCAGCAUAUCUCCUGAGGCAGUACUCCUACAGCAAUCUGCAUGAUAGACUUAGUACACGCCCUUUCCUCAGUCAAAUUGAGAAGAAGUGGCUUGCUUUUCAGUUAAUACAUGCUGUGGAGCAGAGCCAUAGUAAGGGAGUUUGCCAUGGUGACAUAAAAUGUGAGAAUGUACUGGUUACCUCAUGGAACUGGCUAUACCUCACGGACUUUGCGUCUUUUAAACCAACUUACAUCCCGGAUGAUGAUCCAUCUGAUUUUUCCUUCUUCUUCGACACUGGAGGAAGGCGAAGAUGCUAUCUCGCACCUGAAGUUAGUCCCUUCACCUAAAUUAUAUUCAAAACUUCAAUGCUCUUUUAUCCACUUUAUCUCAGUUUGCUUGCUCUCAUUGGUGUAACAAUUGUUACAUGCUACUAAUAGUUUGUUAAUAGACGCUCUUCACUGAAAUGCUUGCUCUCACUGCAUCUCCAUCAUUCAAAAGAGGGUACAAUAGGAAAAGCCUAUAAUUAAUAGAUGUUUUAGAUAAGAGCAUAAGCUUUGUAAUGAGAAACUGAACCAAAACAAUGGGACCUCUAAAUAUGAAAUAGAGGGAGUACAAGAAUAUAUCAGUAGAAAGGCCUGUAUAAUACUUCCACAGCACCACCCAAAGCAACUGGGUUCACAAAAGCAUGAUAAAAAAAUCACUUCUGAUUGAUAAACUAUAUAAAUGAUCCAAAAACAUUUAUACCAGGCCAAUUCAGACAGUUUAGCAAAUCUUUAGUACAUAGUACAAAAUAGCAGCUCCAGGCAUGAACUUAGAACUUCUGCUGAACAUCAAGA